UCAUUCCCGGUUGUAAACAAAGAAAAAAAACCCUUCAAACCAUGUGUUUCUGUUGCGCGUAUGUGCAUCACGAACACAUUACGAAGCGAAACGUGUGGUGUGCGGAAAAAAUUAAAAAUAAAUCAUGAAAUAAUAUACCAAAGCAAAAACAAAAUCUUCCCUCAAUCGAAACGCAAAACAACAAGGACACUUGGCUCUCUAGUGUGUCGUUCGACAGUAUCCUGUGCAUGCGAUGAAAACGAUGAUCGCCUUCCUGCCGGUGAGAUGAGCGUGUACCACGAUGAGGUCGAAAUCGAAGAUUUCGAGUACGACGAGGAGGAGGAGAUGUACUACUAUCCCUGCCCGUGCGGUGACCGGUUCCAGAUCAGCCGCGAAGCGUUGAUAGCGGGUGAAGAGGUCGCAACCUGUCCGAGCUGCUCGCUAAUAGUGAAAGUGAUUUACGAUCCGGAAGCGUUUGCCGCGGAACAGGAUGAAGUGGAACAGGACAGCGGUAAAGUGGUCGAACAACCAUUGGAGAAAAAUUAAGCAAGUUUUGCGCCUUGUGGUGGAAGGUGAUGAAUCGUUGACAAUGUUGGGAUGAAUAAAUUAAGAUAGCUUCUUAUGCACAAAACUAAUAGUACGCUGUACAGUUUUACACUCGAAGGAGCGAGCGAGUCGCAAAGAAAAGUUAAUAUUUUAUUUGUCCUUCAUCUAAUGCUACAAAACACCAUAGGUAUAUCAACAAAUUACAAAGCUAAUGUUAAAAGUACAAUGACAAGUUAAUUUAAAACUUAAUAAUCCAGAA